GCCGCGACGCAGCGUACAUUGCCCACGAUGCGGACUCUCGCUAUACUACUCGUCGCGAUCUUCGCCGUCAAUGUGCAAUCCGCACGCAUUCUCGGACUUUUCCCGCACACCGGAAAGAGCCACCAAAUGGUAUUCGAUCCAUUGCUAAGAACAUUAGCUGAAAGAGGACAUGAUAUAACCGUAGUGUCAUUCUUCCCCAUCAAGAAUCCUCCUGCCAAUUACACUAUCGUCAGCUUAGAAGGACUCGCUGCACAAGGAGUAGAAACCAUUGACCUGUCUUACUUCGACAUCCAAAACAAGCUGCUCAAUUCCCUUGGCAUUGAAAAGAUUAUCAAACAAAUCUUCGACUUCCAACCACUAGCAGACAUGGCUACGGCGAUUUGUUCUAAUAUUGUGGAUUUCGUGCCCUUAGCUAAUGCUAUGAAAAAAAGUUACGAUGUUAUUCUUGUGGAAAAUUUCAACAGUGAUUGCAUGCUCGGUCUCAUUCAUGUUUACGGGUUGAAGGCGCCUUACAUAUCGCUGUCUUCGAGUGCAAUGAUGCAGUGGUCAGCGGAUCGCAUAGGCGUUACUGAUAACCCGUCAUACGUUCCGCUCGUAAGUUCUGAGUUCACAUCCCAGAUGACCUUCCUGCAACGACUAGAGAAUACAAUAUUGAAUGUGUAUUAUAAGACCUGGUUCAGAUACGCGAUACAGAUGAAAGAAAAGGCGAUUAUAGAAAAGCGUUUCGGAAGGAGGAUUCCUGACCUACAGGAGAUUGCGAAGAAUGUGAGCGUAAUGUUGGUGAAUACGUUCCACAGUUUAAAUGGUGUUCGUCCUCUAUUGCCGGGUGUGGUUGAGGUUGGGGGAAUGCACUUGGACCACAGCAGGAAACCGAUACCGCAUUACAUCGAGCGUUUCUUGAACGAAUCCGAACAUGGGGUCGUGUUAUUCAGCUGGGGUUCACUCAUCAAAACCGCUACCAUACCACAGUACAAAGAAGAGAUCAUAGUGAACGCCCUUUCAAAGUUAAAGCAGCGGGUCAUUUGGAAAUAUGAGAACAGUGACGAAGAGGGAACGCUGACCGGCAAUAUCUUGAAAGUGAAAUGGAUUCCACAGUAUGAAUUGCUUCAACAUGAAAAAGUCAUCGCCUUCAUUGCCCAUGGGGGACUUUUGGGCAUGACGGAAGCCAUUUCUGCUGGUAAACCGAUGCUCAUCGUGCCCUUCUAUGGAGACCAGAUGCUUAACGGCGCAGCUGCUACAGCCAUAGGUCUUGGCAAGGCCAUUUCCUAUGCCGAUAUGUCAGAAAAAUCCUUGCUUGAAGGACUACAGAGUGUACUAAGCCCUGAAAUGCGGAUGAGUGCUCGACGUGCAUCAAAAAUCUGGCAAGACAGGAUAGCAGAUCCCUUGGACACUGCUGUAUACUGGGUUGAGAGGGUCAUACGAUGGGGACAUCAGGAUCCCCUGCACUCCACUUCCAGGGAUAUGGGUUUCAUAGAAUAUAAUUUACUAGACGUAGCAGCUGUGAUCUUACUUAGUUUUGUAUUUUUAAUUCUAGUCCUAAGGAUAGUAUUAAACCAAAUUCUUCGGCUUAUCGGAGCUAGUAUGAGUAAGAAGGAAAAAUUGCACUAGGUGCCUGAUAUAAUUUUAGUGCUAUUUGGCUCGGUUUCAAAUUCAAUGAAUCGAGUCUAUGUAUGGAGCCGGCCUCGGUUUCUCAGAAAAUGCACCAUUUCUUAGAAGUAGCUCAAUGUAAUAUAAUUUUUAUGUAGGUAGAUAUUUUUUCUAACGAAGUUCCUUUUCUAUUAAAUAUUUUGGUGCGUAUACCCAGG